CUCGCCUCCCCCUCGCCGCCAUGAUCUCCCGAUCAUCCCUUGGGCGCAAUGCCCGUUUCGCCCUUCGACGGCAGUCCGCUGCUCUCCCGGCUUCCCGCCGUGGCCUCGCUGCUGCUGCAUCAACACCUUUCCAUUACGAGACCGGCUCUGCUGCUGGCGUGAAGACCGCAGGCCGUGAUCUCUCCGGUCCUACGACCUCUCUUGCGAUUGUCUCCAAGGCUGGUUCGCGGUAUCAGCUUCUUCCCGGCCUCGCUGAGGGUCUGGAGAAGUUUGCGUUCAAGAACACUGAGAAGCGCUCUUCGCUCAGAAUUACCCGUGAAGUCGAGUUGCUUGGUGGUGAGCUUUUUGCUUAUCACUCUCGGGAAAACCUCAUCAUUGGCGCCAAGUUCCUCCGUGAUGACCUGCCUUACUUCGUCGAGCUUCUCGGUGAAGUUGCCGGCAAGACCAAGUUCACCACCCACGAGUUCAACGAGGAGGUUGCUCAGUCGAUCAGGUUCGCCCAGAAGCACACCCUCGGUAGCGCUUCUGAGCUCGCUGUCAACUCUGCUCACGGCCUUGCUUUCCACCGCGGCUUGGGAGACCCCAUCAGCCCGACCUCCUCGACGCCUUUGGCCAAGUACCUGAGCGAGAAGACCAUCGCUGCUUACGGCCAGGCCGCCUAUGCUAAGCCUAACAUCGCCGUUGUCGCCAACAACGCCAGCCAGGCCGACUUGUCCAAGUGGGUCGGUGAAUUCUUCACUGAACUCCCCACCGCUGCUCCUGCCAAGCUGCCCAAGCUUGAGAGCGCCCCGACCAAGUACUUUGGUGGUGAGGAGCGUAUCUCGCACCCCUCUGGCAACGCCAUGGUCAUUGCCUUCCCUGGUUCGAGCUCUUUCGGCGCCAAGGGCUCGUGGCAGCCCGAGAUUGCCGUCCUCUCCGCCCUCCUCGGCGGCCAGUCCGGCAUCAAGUGGUCCCCCGGUUUCUCUCUCGUCUCCAAGGCUGUUGCUGAUAUCGCCGGCGCCUCCGCUGUCACCACCAAUGCCCAGUAUUCCGAUGCUGGUCUUUUCUACACCACCAUCACCGGUACCGCCAAGGGUGUCCGCAAGGCUGGUGAGGCUCUUUCCAAGACCCUCAAGAGCGUUGCGGCUGGUGAGUUCUCCAAGGAGGACGUCAGCAAGGCUGUCGCCUCUGCCAAGUUCAAGGCUCUCGAGUCAGGCAUGGGCAUCCAGAAUGGCCUUGAGGCCACCGGUAUGGCCCUUAUCAGCGGUGGCAAGGCCGUCGAGCUCUCGGAGGUUGCCCAGAGCAUCGGUAACGUGACCGAGGAGCAGCUCAAGAAGGCUGCCAAGACUCUUAUUGAGGGUAAGGCUUCCGUCGCCAGCGUCGGUGAUCUCUACGUCCUUCCUUGGGCUGAGGAAAUUGGCCUGAACGUUUAAGCGUGCAAAUUGAGAGGGGAGGCAGGAAUAGAUGGGGUGGCUUUUAUGUACUAACACUGAUUACACUGGCUUCUUUUUUUGUCUAGAGAUUCAAGCACUUGUGAACAUACUAGCAAUUUUUGAGCCUUUAACGGCUUGUGCUAUAAAAUUGUUCUAUUACUAAUUGCUCCAAGUCUACAUUUUCUGCAUUAAAGUGGGAUUUUUGCCUUUGAUUUAUAUAUACGUAUAAGUGAUGCGAUCCGGAAUGAAUGCUUUCGCCUGCCACGGUUUGAUUUGGUUCUGCGGGAUAUAUGGGCGGUAUCAUCUUCCUUUACUGGUCUAUUUCCUGCAUUGCAGUACCACAUUCCUAAAAUAUUAAUCAUGGACUUGGGACGUCGACG